AUGGAGGAUCCUCAUGCUCUGGGUGGAUCUGAUGAUCCCGACGGCGUAUCCUCGACAAGCCCGAAUACUCUCAUGACGCGAGCUUGCGAUACUUGUCGAAUUCGCAAGAUACGGUGUAACCGACAGUAUCCUUGUGAGCAUUGUGAGCAAAAGAACAUUGAGUGUACCUAUGCCGAGAUUAAGGUCAAGGAGAAACGCACUCGCAUCCACUUUACUCCUUUCUAUGAAAGAAAAAUCGACCACAUCGAACGCCAACUCGACGGCAUCAUUGGGAUUUUGCACGAUCUCAAAGUAAGUCGGCCUGACACCGAACGGCCUGGGCUACCACGGAGUACACAAACACCAUCCAACGAGUCACAUUCGACGCCAGGAGUAUCCAGCCAUGCACCCCAGGGCGACUCGGCCGCUGGGCCACUCGUGGAAGGGGACUCUUCAUUGACUGCCCACUCUGCUUUUGCAAACGAAUUUCUGCAAAACUUCCUGAGCACGGAUUCUGUGCAUGAUUGCAGUCUAGAGCUGCGUCAGACUCUAGAUGCACUGGCCCAUACUGUUGCUACACUCAAAAAGCAGACCACAUCGAGCGAAAUAGUUGGCACUCACUUGCCACCUACUCCCCGCCUCCGACUCCAAGGUUGCGAGCUUCCUCCCAUUGAGAAAGCUGUUGCCCUGAUACGUCUUGCAAAAUCCCAGACCCUCGCCGGUACCGGCUGGAUCUAUGAAUUUAUUCAAUUAAAUCAAUUUUCAGAUAUGUGUGUCGGUGUCUAUUUCUCCGGUGAUUAUCCCGAGGCAGAUCUAAUAUCUGUAAACGCCGGCCUGCACUCUCUGUUCUGGGACUACGCUUUUGAACUAUCCGAGGAACAUAGGGAAGAAUACUUUGGCUAUGCUCGUCUAUGCGAAAGAAAUUUAGAAACUGCACUGGCUGGUCUGCCUCUGCAUCUACCUGCAAACUCGAGCACAAUUCUUGCACUCACUUUCGGUGCUUUCCACUUCGUCGAGCGUUCAAAGCCUUCUAUGUCCUGGACAUUUUCAUCCAAGGCAUCUGAGUUAUGCCAGACACUGGGCUAUCAUCGGAAUUCAUCCAUGAAGCUCGACUCGCCAGAGACCAUACAAUACAAACGCUUUCUCUUCUGGGGCGUCUACUUUCUCGACAAGAGCUUAUCACUUCGCCUUGGCCGAGCGUCAACUAUUCCCGACUGUGAAAUCACAGUACCGCGACCCUCAGCGGACAACUGCAACGCACCUGUUAUGGCUUACUUUCCUUUGUGGAUCGAAUCUGCGCGAUGCCAGGGCAGCAUAUAUGCGACGUUAUACAGCCCUUCCUCAAUUGCUCAGCCUGAUAAAGUGCGGCAAGAGAGAGUACAAAUGCUGGUCAAUGACCUACGGGAGUUGGAAAAGGCAACGCAAGAAACCCAUAAUCAAUGGAUCAGAGCUGCCAAGCAGAACUCUGGAGAAGACUUGAUGGAUUUUUUCGCUGUCUCGGACGACAUCCUCCGUCUCUCUCUUCUCACGCUGGUUUAUCGGGCCGCUCCGCCCACCAAAGAAUCGUCCACCAGUUUCAGCUCAAACUGCAUCAAAGCUGCCCAAGCCACGUUGCAGAGACAUCAUGACUGUAUGCACGUGAUCCACAGGAACCACCCUAUCUACUUCUCCAAGUAUAUUCAUUGGACCCUCCUCUUCGCACCCUUUUCGCCAUUCAUCGUCAUAUUCUGCCACAUCAUCGAAACCCGAGAUGAAAGUUACCUACCUCACCUACAGGCCUUUGUCGAAUCCAUCACAUCCGCACCCACCGUCUCAGAUGCUGCCGCCCGAAUGUACCGUCUUUUCCUAGUCCUCUACAACGUCGCGUUGCGCUACGUAGAGUUCCGCACAUCCCAGCAGCCAGAACAGACAGCAGCAUGUGCCGAGAUGGAUCAACACCUUGCUGCAUUGGGACUACCGGCACCUGGUUCGGGUGACGUCCAUCAACAGGUGCAGUCUCUGAACACAGACCCUGGACAUGAUUCUAUCGGACAUCAAGACAAGCAGAGGGAGGAGCCGAUGAUGUGGAUGGGAAAUGAGGCAGAGUUGGAUGGCUGGUUCUCUAGUAACCGGGCUAUAAUGGGGUUACUUCAGGAGCCGGACUUAAAUAUUCUGGAUGAGGGUUGGAUAUACUAGAAUUUCAGGGUUCUCUAAUAUUACUAGAUACCUAUAGGUUCUGGUGGGCAUUUAUUAUAGCUUAUUUACU